AACCUCAAGGUUUAACCUGUGAAAAAUCACAAGAUUUAACCUGUGAAGAACUUCAAGUAAUAACUAAUGAAGUAUCCCAAGUAUUAGCUCAUGAAAAAUCUAAUGUCUUAACCUGCAAAGAACCUCAA